AUGAAACCUAAAAUGGAUCCUUGCAAAGAUUUCUAUUCAUUUGCUUGUGGUUCAUUCGCCACCAAUCGAGUAGUGCCUGAACACGAAAAGAAAAUCAACGUGCUCUUCGAGAUGGAAAAAGAGCACAAACUUCACUUGAAAGACAUACUUGAAGACAGUUCUUCUGGAGAAGAGUCAGAGGCUAUGACCUUGUCUCGGACCUACUACAACUCCUGCAUGGACGAGGAAGCUCCAGGCUGA